UGUACACAAUCUACAUGCAACUAAAGAGCUGCACACGGAGAGCUUAAAUUGAGGGAAACGUGUUCUAUUCAUCGUUUAUGGUAAGUAUCAACUUAUGCCUCGAACAGAGUUAUUCCCGUGAAUAAAGGGGUAAGUUUCUAAAGAAACUGUGGUGCUGCGUUACCUGCCAGAGUUAUUCCCGGUUCGAAGCUUCCUGAAAACCACGCGUAAUUUAGGAUCUAAUUCAUGUGCUAAGAUGCCAUCACCUUUUACAUGUUGUCAGGAAAAAUCCCGUCAGAGGUGAAAAGUACUGUAACUCAGCCAAACGACAAUUCUUUUUUUCUCAACUUCCUACAAGGUAAGCCUGCCUAAGUGAAUAGCUUUGUGAAUAUAAACUCAAUUACCGGUAAUGUGAAUCUAAACGGCCUAGACUGCUUAUAGGAAGGGUACACAUUAGUAUUUUUAUUAGUAUUUUUGAGCAAUUUGUGCAGCAUAGAAGUCACAAGACUAGGAUGGAGGAUUGAUGCAGUACUAAGCCAGUUUGAAAUUAAAUUCAUCCAAUUCGGGGGGGGGGAAUAAGAGUUUUGCAAAUUUGCCAUAGGAUACUCUCUGUCCUUCAUUUUCCUGCAAUUUGAUUGGUUACUUUAAACAAGCCUUGAAAUCUGAUUGGUUUUUUUUCUUUUUGGUGUAGCCUCCUCAUUGGCUGGGGAAAAGAUGCAAUUUAAAGCAAAAAAUGGUGGGAUUCAUUGAUAAAUCGUGCCAAUUAGAGCCAAUCAGGUUACAAGGACCACUAGUGAUUUCAAAAUGGGUGUAACAAAGCCCAAAAUUAAUACGUGAUACUUGAAUUUUAGUGAGAUUUGAAGUUCCCUUUUACCAGUAAUUGAGAUGUUUGAAAUACUGGUUACAUGAUCUGUGAAUGUAUGCGUGCAUGAAGUGAAACCUUUGUCACUCUCCUUAGAUCUAGGGGUGGAUAGGCUUAAAUUUGCAGAGGCUUUUGAGUGUGUUAUCAUUUUAUGUUUUUGAAACCCAUUGACAGUCAUGGUUCAUUGUCAUCUUUACCAUGUUUAUAUCUCAUUUUAUUUGCCAUUGCGUACCUUAUCGAACUUACGAUUUUGGCAAGACAGUAUUUCUUGGGGUUUAAUUUUUGCCAUUUUGAAAGAAGGAAUUAAAUUUCACAAUUUUAGUAUUUUUAACUUCAUAUUAUUUUUCAAAAAUUCUGAACUUUUUAAAAUUCCUAGAGAAUGUGGAACAACAAUUAGCUUUAACUCUCUACUCCCAAGAUCUGAUUGUUAAUUCUCCCCUGUAGCUGCUACACAUUUCCUUGAAAAUUAGUUAUGAAAACUUGGUGCUAGAUCAAGAUAGCAGCAUCUACCUGAUAAGUUUGAAUAUUCUCAUUACCUGUUUGCUGCAGAUGGUAUGGAUAUUGUUGGGAGAAGUUUUAUGUUAAUCACCUCUGGGAGUUAAAGGGUUAAACAAUACUUAAGAAACAAUUAUUUGCCUGUCAGUGAAUGUUGAUAAACAAUCCCCUUCAUCUAAGAACUUAUUAACCAGUGUACACUUUGCCUCUGAUGACUAAUAGUUAGAUAUGAACAGUUUCAACAAAUAUUAUAGGAUUAUUUUGAAUAUAAAGGAAGGUCCCUUGGAAUUAUUACUAUAAAUAAUUGGCAAGAAGCAGACAAACCUUUUAACAAACUUAAAUGGUUAAGUUGGUUGCUUUACCAUUCCAAUGUUCAAACAAUCUUUGAUUGCAUUCAAAUCACUUUGAAAAGCAGGAAUGAAUCCUAAUGUGAAAGAGAAAAGGGAAUUUAUUUCUAUUGUCAUCUGUAUUUGCAUUUUAUUUUUUAUUAUUCAUGUAGCAGUGUGUGCACAUUAAGGGUGAAUGCAUCACCCCAACAGGUGAUUAAAUAGUAGAAACUGAUAAAAUGAAAAGGAGAGAACUUAAUUUCUCCUCUUGGAGUUAAUCAUUGUUGCCACAGUUCAGGAAAAUUCACCUUGAGUAAGGAAAAUUUAGAUCUUUGAAAUAAGUCAGUUAAAAGUGAAAUCCCAGCAAAGAUGAACUUAUUUAAUAUCUUAUUUUGGCCUCUAGGCCUCUUCAUAUUUGAAUAACAAUGAACCAAUUAUCACUGAUCACUAAUUUGGCUUUUGCAGUGAGAGAUUUGAUUCAAGUUUGAGUAGUUUGCUUUUUCAAGGGGCAAUUUGUAAUUAGCAUGAUGAAUUUUAAAAAAUCGUGAUUGAUUUUGUUCUUUCCAGGAAUGUUUGUUUUUCACAAGACAUAAUUUGCAUUUGUUGAUUUGAAGUUAAUUCUUUUUCAUGAUAUUAGUGAGCCACCUUGAAUUGCAAUUGAUUUUCUCAGUUCACAAGAGAAAUGUUAAAAACUUAGUUAGUUCAUGGUAGGUGAUGUGAGCUUGGUUUCACUUGUAGUCAUUUUCUUUCUAUGGUUGGUAUGGCCAUAAUUUUCGUUACUGAACCACUGGCUCCUCCUGUAUUCAAAGCGGUGUUAAGCAGUUACCCAUAGGGAAUGGUGGGGUAACUGCUGAAUACAGGUUUCAAAAAAGAGGGGUAAUAUAAAACAUGAUAAAAAAAUGCCAUCUCAUGCCAUGGUUGACCACUUAGUGCACAAACACCAGCUCAAAAAUACUACUAACAUUAAUUUUGGAAGAGAAACAUGGAUUGAAUUUUACUUCUAGAGAUUAUUCCUAUAGUUUCAUUUGAGUGGGUCUGCUUUAAGUGACCAUCAAUGCAAGUGGAAGACAAAUAAUGCAAACAGGCUGUUGGGAUUCAGUAAAGGGUCACCAUGACACCUUAAUAGAGGUGAUCACUUAAUACAGGUGAAAAUUACAGUGACAAGGAGGAAACAAAUUUGCAACUUUGACAACCAAUCUCUUAAUACAGGGUAUUGGCUUAAUACUGUUCCACUUAAUACAGGUGCAACUGUGCAUCUGUUUAAACAGAUGACUUUCAUUUUACAAUUAAAAACCAAUACCAGUUGAAAAACAUGAUCAUCAUCGAGCCUGAUUUUAAAUUUAUAUAUUUUACUUCCCUUACAGCAUUGAAUCAUGUCAUCUUUAGAGUAGAGAUUAAGCAGUAACAUUUCAAUACUUCACCUGCAACAAACAUAGAGUAACUUUCAGGCAAUGGUACCAUUUAACAUCAAACUUUGUGAAACUAGAAGCUUUAUUUACAUAUAAUGUAUUGCUUCUUAUAUUAACUCUAUGGAACAAGACAAAAAAUGAUGAUUGCAUGGAAAAAUUAGAAAUCUUUAUUACCUAAUCAUUAUUAGAGGGUGGUGUUCCAUGUUGUAAACUUGAUGUUUAAUGCAGUUCCCUAUUUGGAAAGCUUUUAAGGUAAUAGAACCAAUCUGCAUACACAUAAUAUUAUAUAUGAGUAUAGACAAAAAAAAAAUUCAAUUGUCGCUGUAAAUAUGUUACUCAGCAAGUUUCAAUCUGAUAUCAUGAUUGGUGGUCAAAGCUGCAGAACAGUGGGAAUUUACUCAAAAUAUUUUAGCACCAAAUGCACAUUUAAUUUUCCCUUAACUCUCAGUCAAUUUUUUUGAAAAACCUGGGAGUGUUUUCUUGUUGUUCUGGAUACUCCGUGGUAAGAGUUUCAACAAAUUUGUUGAGUUUUAGCUAUCUUUUCCCCAACAUGCCUAAGAUGUUAGAGGGCAAGUGAUGCACUGACCCAAAAAUAUAUUCUUUCUGUCUGUUGUCUUUCCACUUGAAGUUCAUUCAUCAAUUUUUUUUAAAUCCAUCUCCACCAAAAGUGUGGACUGCAAAGCAAUUCAAAAUCCAAGAGAGCUUGAAGUAGGGAAAAAAGUACACUGUACAGGGGAGGGACAAGAAGGGAACAUCAAGUGAGCUUAUGAUGGUCAAUAGAAAGCAUCAAUUUUUGUUUUAAUGAUAUAAGGAUCUUGACUAUUGUUUCCCUCAAUCAUGUGUUCAUGCAGAAUUUGCAAGAGUUGAUUUUUUAGCGGAAGAAAAGGCUGUGAAAUGGAUCCCUCCAAAGUGGCUUUGUCACACAUCCAGUCCCAUCUCUUUUAUAUUCUGGGGGAAGAUAGCUUAACUCAACAAAGUCCUCUUGGAAGCAUCAAGUAUAAAAAGGUGGUUGUUAAAUGGAAGUCAAAAAACUUUUCUGGGAACUAGUUUUUACUUAAUGAUAAGCGGUAAUAAACAACAAACCAGCCUCUUUUUGAAUGCCAAUACAUUUUUGGUGUGUGAUGGGUUGCAGUUUCAAUGUUACCAAAGAGUAGUAAUAAGGAAAAUCACAGUUUUAAAAAAAGCAAACAAAAAAAUUGCACAGUCUGUAGGGUUUGCAGUCUGUAGUCUGCAGUUUGUGUUUUAUCAUGACUGUCCUCACCCAUUUAGUGUUUGUAAACUUUUACAAACUCAGAGAGAAAUAUCUUCUUUUUUUUUGUGAUAACUAAUAAUUUAGAUUUAAGAAUUUCAGACUUUGUAAAUGUAUUUUAUAGUCAGUCACUUUUAUCAUGAGCCUCCGGCUCGGGAGAUUGGGCAACCACUCCCCAUGUACCUGACGGUAAAUAAAUUAUACUUAUACUUAUAUUGUUGUAUAAAUGUAUAAUAAAACAAUACCUGAAUUUGGUUUUUGAAUGAUAUUAUAAAUUAUCAAACCUUGCAUCUGUGUUAUCAGCCUCAUCCUUUGUCUUCAGUUGAUAACUCCAACCUCAGCAUUCAAUUUGAUAAUUCAUAAUAUCAUUCUCAACCUUAUCCAAUAAUUGCUUAGCACCUGUAAAUUGGGGCUAAUGUGCAACUCAAGUUUCCUGCCAUAUGGUGUCAUUUGGAAAUGGUGGCAUCAAUUCUCUACAAAAUCACUUUGUUUUAUUUUGUCUAUAACAUAUUGAGAAUCAAGUGUGUUAAUCAAACUAUAUCCCCUAGUUAAUAUUUUUCUGUCCUCUCAUCAGCCUUCUGCUUAUUAAAGUAUAGAUAUUGUGAGGAGAAAUUUCUAUUUUGGUCACUCCUUGGAGUGAAAGGGUUAAAGCUAAAUGACCCACAAGUUAGAGGAAGGGGCUUCAUUGUUUGGAAAAUUUUGCUAUUGCAAUUGAACCCAGUUUAUUUACUGGGUAUCUCCUUUACAGCUUGAGAGGUUGGGUCUCCAUUCAUUGACCCUGGAUGUGUCUACCAUGAAAUAAAUAAAACAAUUCAACAAAUAGAUUGGAUGUCUGUGUUUCUAUUCAGUGAUAUAUCACAAAUGACCUCAAUGUGCUAAGAAUAGACUGAAAAAGUGGCACUCGAGGUGUGGCACAGUAACUGAUGUUCUUGCCACAUUUGAAGGUCUUCCGUGAUCUGCUAACUGCACUGAGGUGCAACAACUUGGAGCCUCUUUGUUUUAUGUCUUACAGAAUCAAAAUUUUGUUAAUGGUGUUAUCAUCUGUCUAACUUCCACUAGGUCAUUAGUUACACCCAACUGAAAUGUGUGUAUAAUUCAGUUGAUUAUUUUAUUAUUAUAUUGUUUGUCUAUAUUAAUUAUUUAAUUAGUUGUUGUUACCAGAGGUUUGUGUACCCCCUGUCCACCAUAUUUAACUUCAAGGUUGUAUUAUAAUGAUUGUGACUCAAGACUGUUGCAAUUCUUGUGAGCACCCAGUAUCCUCAGCCACAUUUACAACCACAUCAAUUGCCAGAUAUGUCUUCAUAGUUAAUUAAACUGUAUUGAACCUAGUAGUUCAUGACUAGAGUGAGGAUUAAUCGUUUUAAUCAUCAAGGUCAUGCUUGAAAUAUUAUUCUUAGUAAUAUUUAUAUAUUUGUGAUGUAAUAUCCACAGACAGUUCAAAUCAAAAGGUUAUGGCCACCCCUCAUCCAAGGAAGAUAUUUCUCUGGUUAUUUCCUUUGUUCUUAUCGGCUACAAUCCUGUCUGUGUACAUCUUCAGUGACCAUUUAACAGGGUAUGUUUUGUGUGACAUCAUUGGAAAAGUGAAACUUAUCCAUAGAUCUGUACCUCUUUACUUUCUAAGAGAACCUUGAGGCAGCUAGGUUUAGUCACUGAGUGUGCAGUUAAAAAAAUGCAUUUCUAGAUCUCUCCCUUCUAAGUCUGGUCACUUUUACUCCUGUUGGGAAUAAGAUAUCCUUCGUUUAAGAAUUAUCACUGUUCAAAAAGUUCUUGAAGGGGUGCUUUCAAACAUGACAAACUGACUUGGUAAUCUGAGGUAAGGCUUUGCACCAAUAGCCUUGGUGUAAUGGCUGAAAUUAGCAGUAAAAGCUCACUUUAUUAAGUUUUUGAAACUAUUGUGGUAGGUGCUUGUGUGUGUUCCCUGCAGAAUGUGGAAAUUGUUUUUAGUUUGUGAACUUUUGGGUAUUGUUUUGUCAUAUGUAAAUGGAAUGAGAGAUCUUACUUUUUCCCCACAGAUUUAAACUUUCUGUUUCAUGCAAUGCUUACAACUUUGAGUUCCGGAAAAGCCUUGCAGAGGAUCUGAGAGAAAUCCAACAAAAAGUAAGGAAGUCAUUCCUGAAUAAAGAAGCACCCUCGCCAAAACUACUUUUACAGUUGGAAGAAAUUGUGAAACGGCUUGAUCCUGAAGUAGAUCUGGCAAGUGUGUUCACUCAGAAGGGUACUGAUACUGACAGCUUGGAUGUAUGUCCAGAGGUAUAUAAUGGGACAAAGUUUGGUUACCCCUUCUAUGAAAAGGGUUGGGUAUUAAUCAACUGUACCAAUGUAAAACCUCUUCGCUCUGUUGUUAGUGUCCUGGUCAACACUGUUGCAUAUCCCAAGCAAGAUGAGAACCAUAUUGAAACCGUUAUAAAAGGCAUAACAGAGACUUACCCAACAGUUCAGGUUUAUUUGGCAACAGGAAGUGUCAAUGUAAUGAAAGCUGCCCAAAAUUAUAAAAAUGUUGAUGUUGUUCUGAUUGAUAAAGCUCAAGUAGCUAAGGGAUGGAACAUUCUGGUAGGGAAAGCCUCUACUCCUUAUGUGCUGGUUGCACGUGAUGUGUUUCACUUCACAUGGCUAACACAACUUGAGAGGCAGAUUCGUGUUACCAGUCAGAUACCAUAUGUUGAAGUUGCUGGUGGAUCAUACCGUAACUUCUCUGGUCACUGGAAAGCAGGAUGUGUCCAAACUACAAUGAAGAACUAUGUGUUAAAGUACCAAGAGGGAUACUUGCACUCAAAGAAUGGGUGCAUGUUUUGUGAUUAUCUUCAGGGACCUUUUGUAACCAAAACAAGUCUGUUCAAGCUUGAUGAGAAGCUUCCAAUUCAAGUUGUGUUUGAAGACUGGUUUUCAAGUAUUAUUAAAAAAGGCAGCUUAGUCAUGUCAUGUCCAGAUGCUAUGUAUUUUACAACAGACUACUGGUCAUAUUCUAAAAUAACUGAUAGAAAUGUGUGGACACCAUUGGCUAAAAAGUGGGAACUCAAUCAAGUUUUAUUGCCGGGAGGGGUAAAGCAUUCCUUCUCUUGUGAGGAUAUAGGUGUUACAUGCAAAGCCAAAAGUGAACUUCUCCCUUUGUGUUGCCUUCAAGAGUAUGCUUAUGCUUUAGCAUUUUUUCAGAAAUUUGCUGAAGCUCACAAUUUCACUUUUGAACUUGAUACUGGUUCUGCACUGGGUGGUGUUAAGUUUGAGGGUGUGCUUCCUUAUGACCUGGAUGGAGAUUUUAUUAUCUCGACUUCUGGUAUUGACAUCCUUGGAAAAACUGAAACAGUUGAUUAUUUCCAGAAAAAUGGAUACACUUUGGCAGAUUAUGAACCCAAAAAAGGGUACGCCAGACUUUUUUUCAAGAAGUUUUAUUUUGAGAUAUGGAAAAUGGGGGAUAUGUCAAACAAAAGAUAUCUCCCACCAGAGCUACAGAAACAAGAAACUUUCACAAAAGCCAACAUUGGUGGUUAUUGGAUAAAUACAGCAUUUAGUCCUGGUUUGUUCUCUAGGAAUCGAUAUGGAAGAGAAAUCCUCAAACACUCUCAAUCUUGGAUCAAGCUGGGCUUAUCACACAGCUUUAUUGAAUACAAUCCUGGAAGCUUUGAGCUUUGUAAAAAGCCAGAGCAUCAUGCAUGCAUACACAAUUUCCCUGCUGACGGCAACAUUCCAUUUAUGGUUAAAUUAGACGUGUAA